AUGCCACCCAUGAUGGACGUAAAGGGUGUGCCAGGGCUCCAAGGAAAACCUGGACCCAGAGGCCCAACUGGGCCAUCAGGACUUCCGGGAAAACCAGGACUGGGAAAACCAGGUCUCAAUGGCCUGCCUGGGCCUCAGGGGCCUCCAGGCUUUCCGGGCAUUGGGAAGCCCGGACUUCCGGGUCUCCCAGGAAAGGAGGGAAUGAAGGGGAUGCCUGGGAAUAAUGGCGAGGUUGGACUCCGGGGUGAACCAGGUCCCAGAGGACUUCCAGGUCAACCAGGUCUCCCUGGGCCAGCUGGCCUGUCUCUUAAUGGCAAACCUGGCCUUCCCGGCGGGAGGGGCCAACCUGGAUCUCGUGGAGAACCAGGAGAGAAAGGUGGGCCUGGAAAUCCUGGGGAGCGUGGACUCAAGGGAGAGAAUGGCAAUGGGAAGCCUGGGUUGCCAGGAACCAGGGGCCCCAACGGACUCAUGGGCCUCCCAGGGCCAGCUGGUAACCAGGGUGUGGGAAAACCAGGACUUAACGGGCUUCCUGGUCCGUCUGGGCCUAAAGGAGACCAGGGGCUCCCAGGAGGAAUAGGAGAGCCAGGGGAGGCUGGCAGUCCAGGGCCGCAAGGCCAGCCAGGGCCCGUCGGAUUGGGCAAGCCUGGUAAAGAUGGAUUGCCUGGAGGACCAGGUCAACUUGGGCCUAAAGGUGAGGCAGGGCAGAGGGGUUCUCCAGGGUUUCCUGGAACUCCUGGCUACGGCAAACCUGGUCUACCAGGGACAAAGGGAGACAAGGGCCUUUUCGGGGGACCAGGCGUCCCUGGAGAUAAAGGGGACCCUGGGAUGAAGGGGCAGCCAGGAGACAUGGGCCCAGAUGGACAGCCAGGACCACCAGGAAUACAGGGCCCCAUGGGGCUUUCAGGAAAACACGGCAUGCCUGGCCUGAAGGGAGAGUUGGGUCCGCAGGGGCAUCCAGGUCUGCCAGGGAUCAGAGGGGACCAGGGUCCCAGUGGUCUGUCUGGAAAACCCGGCAUUCCUGGAGACAAAGGCCUCCCGGGCCCUAACGGGUCUAUCGGAAAACCUGGGCCCAAAGGCGAGGCUGGGCACAUAGGCCUGCCAGGAAACCCAGGUCUUUUAGGCAAUCCUGGACCAAAAGGGGAGUCUGGGUUCGUUGGGUCUCCAGGACCAAGAGGCCAGUCUGGUAUCCCUGGUCUACAGGGGCCUUCAGGGCCAAUGGGGCCACAGGGUAUCCCAGGUCUGAAGGGCGAACCUGGGCUGCCGGGUCUUCCAGGGCUGGGCAAGCUCGGAGAAAAGGGAGUUCCAGGUCCCCAAGGUCCCCCAGGAAAGCCAGGCAACUCUGGACUCAAUGGCAACCCCGGCCCCCCUGGGCCACCUGGGCCCCCUGGCCCUGCAGGAAAUGGACAAACCGUAGUGGCUGGGCUAACGGAUUCAGGGCUGGGCGGGGACGAGGUACCAGACGGGAGGUACGGAAAACCACAGUUUGGCAGUGCAGAUCUCUCCACCACCGUGGCACCCGCGUUUACCGCCAUCCUCACUACGGCCUUCCCUCCCUCUGGGAUGCCCAUCAAGUUUGACAGGACCCUGUACAACGGGCAGAAUGCCUACAACCCCGCCACCGGUAUCUUCACCAGCCCCAUGUCCGGAGUCUACUACUUUGCCUACCACGUGCAUGUAAAGGGACUCAGUCUGUGGGUGGCGCUGUACAAGAACAAUGUUCCAGCCACAUACACCUACGAUGAGUACAAGAAGGGCUACAUGGACCAGGCGUCCGGUAGCGCCGUGCUUGAGCUGAAGGAGAACGACCAGGUGUGGAUGCAGAUUCCCUCGGAUCAGGCUAACGGGCUCUACUCCACCGAAUACAUCCACUCGUCCUUCUCAGGGUUCCUGCUCUGUCCCACAUAA